AUGGCCUCUCCCGAAAAAUUCGACGUUCUCAUCUGCGGCAGCGGCUCCGCUGGACUCUGCGCCGCCGUCUGGCUGGCCAAAUUCGGCAUCCCCUACAAAAUGCUCGAACGCCGCGACGGGCCCCUACGCAUCGGCCAGGCAGAUGGAGUCCAGACGCGCACGGUCGAAAUCUUCGACAGUUUCGGGAUUGCCGAGAGCCUGCUCAAGGAGGCGUAUCACGUCCUGGAGGUUGCGUUCUGGGCGCCUGAUGCUGAGGUGAAAGAAGAAGGGGAGGAUGGAUUCAGGCCGAUUAAGCGGACAAGGUAUGUGGCGGAUAAGGAGACAGAAAUAAGUCAUCAGCCGCAUGUUAUUCUUAAUCAGGCGAGACUGAAUGAGUUGAUGAUGGGGCUGUUGGGGACAGAGCCGCCGGUCGAGUAUGGGUGUGAGGUGAAGAGGGUUGAGGUUGAGCAGGCGGAUCCGGAGGAUCUUCAGGCAUACCCAGUGAACGUGACUGCCUUGAAAAAUGGAGUAGAGAAGACGUACCGGGCGAAAUACGUCCUAGGCUGCGACGGCGCACACAGCACCGUGCGCCAUUCCCUCGGUUACAAAAUGGUCGGAGACAGCACCGACGCAAUCUGGGGAGUAAUGGACGUCUAUCCACGCACAAGCUUCCCCGACAUCCGCAAGAAAUGCGUCAUCAACUCCACGGCCGGGAGUAUCCUGAUCGUGCCGCGCGAGGGGAACUCGAUGGUGCGCAUCUACGCCGAGUUACCGCCUGGUACCAAGGUCAGCGACGUGACACUGGAAAGGCUGCAGAGCCAUGCCAGGUUGGUGUUCAGGCCGUAUGAAGUCGAGUUUGCGGAGACCGCGUGGUGGUCGGCCUAUGCGAUUGGGCAGAGGCUGGCUGAUCGGUUUCAUAAGGAUUAUCGCGUUUUCUUGACGGGGGAUGCGUGUCACACGCACUCGCCGAAGGCGGGGCAGGGGAUGAAUGUUAGUUUGCAAGAUGGGUAUAAUAUUGGGUGGAAGCUCGGGAUGGUUUUGAAGGGACUGGCUCGGCCAGAGUUGUUGAGGACGUAUGUGCUGGAGCGGGAGCGGACAGCACGGGAGCUGAUCGAUUUUGAUCGGGGCUUUACGAAGCUGUUCAACUCGAAGUAUCGGGCCGAACAUGGGAUCACGCCUAAGAUGGUUUCUGAGCAGUUCAUUAAGGCCGGACGGUACACCGCUGGACAGGCGAUACAUUAUGACGAGUCCAAGAUAACUGCAGUUGGGACAAGGGAUAAGGAGGUUGCGACGAAGAUCACCGUGGGCAUGAAGUUCCCGACCGCGCAGGUCGUGCGGUUCUGUGAUGCCAAGGCCAUGCAGCUGAUUAAUGGGAUGCCCGCCAACGGGCAGUGGUAUGUUGUAGUGUUUGGGGGCGACAUCAAGAAGCCGGAAACGGCAGCAAGUUUGCAGAAGGUUGUCGCUUCAUCUCUUGAGAAAAUAGUCCAGAGGUUCACUCCAACAGGAUCAUAUCCCGACAGCGUCAUCGAUGGCGUGCUCAUUCUCUCCUCAGAAAGGAAGAGUGUUGAGCAGGAAGAGAUCCCCGAAUUCUUCACCCCGGUAACGGGCAAGUGGAACAUGAGAUGUCUCACCAAAGUGUUUGUCGACGACGAAAGUUACAACUCCGGCCACGGACAUGCGUACAAGGCUUUUGGCAUUGAUCGCGAGCAGGGGGCGCUGGUUGUCGUCAGGCCAGACCAUUAUGUUGCGAAAGUAACGACAUUAAACGAUGCUGAGUCCAUUCAGGAGUUUUUCGAGGGCUUUUUGAUUCCUGCUGUCCGGAGCUGA